AUGCUCAAUCCUCCAGACAUCAAGGAAAGUGAUCAGUGCAGGGCCACGUUUGAGCCAAGUGCCAGGAGACGCGGCAACUUCCGAGGUGCUGAUGCGCUACAUCUGAGCAAGAGAUUCAAGUCAUUGUCAAAGAGGGCGAUUUUGGUUUCAUUAGCUCCCGGCACAGGCAAGACUACCUUGACCGUCCUGCUCAACGAAGCACUUGCAAGAAGAGUGGAUCCAAUGGAGUUUGUCCAGCUCCAUCUUGGAAGAUUGCCUAAAUCCAUGUGCUAUCAUGCUGGGAAAUUGAGAGAGGUGCUGGGAUUUGCACCUCCACAAGUUCAGCACUUUGCAGAUGCUGACGCAGUAAUUGAGUCGUCCGACCCGUAUUGGCAAGACCGUGCUACAAAAUAA